AUGAAAAGAACACUAUUAUCUCUACUUCCUGUGAUCAUGUCAACAGCUCUUGUGGAAGCUGAUUCAUGGUUAUUUUUUUCUGUUUGCAAAACUCUUGCUGAAAAACCAUCAAGCUUCUCCGAAAUCUUCGAAAAGUUGAUUCCGGUGGCAUUGUCAAACCAACUCCCAUUCACCACACCCGCAAACUUGCUGAGAAUACUUAUAACUAUUAUAAGUCCUGUCUCAAUUUCUCCCGAACAAAUUGCUACAGUUGCUGAUGAAUUGUUUCUAUCAAAUCAUGGACAAGCGCAUUUAGAGGAGGCAGAUCUAAUUGAGGACGUUGAAGAUUUACUGAUGUGGAUCACUCGCGAGUCUCCGGUUAACAAUGAAUUGUCUCUGCAAGCAAUACUCCAGAUCGUAAAAGACCUAACAGCAUUUUUGGAUUUAAAAGCAAAGUCUUUUGGCUUUGUUGGUGCUUUUGGAUCCGCAACUACACAAGAAUUGUUGUUCUCGUUCAUUAAAGCCAAAACAUUACAAUUGUCCUCAUUCCACCACGACUUGAGUGAGCUAAACCCAUUAUUCGCUUUAUUAAAUGAUUCAAGUCAGUUUACCAAAUGGCUCAAUGGUCUAAUUCUUCCCUAUAUAUAUUAUUGGAGGAAUUAUGCCUCUCUCGGAGACUUCAAGUGCUCAACCAGUGAUUUUUUGUCAAAGUUCUCUUCUGAUGACCAAUUCUUCCAGUUGAUUGAACCACUUGAUAGUCAGGAAGAUGUGACGUAUAGCGAAACGAUGGACAUCUCUCUGUACUUGAAUAAUGUUAUUCUUCCCUUUUUGGCUUAUAAUGGAGACAAUUUAGAUCCAUUAUCGUCAUGGAUGUCUGCUAAAACUACCAAUCUCACGCAACAUCUUCAGCUUUGGGAUAGGGUUCUGAGAAGUGUUGUUUCAUUUGCCAAAAAGGAGGAAUCAUUUUCCUCCCAUGCAUGUAUGAACUUUGUGAGAGCUUAUGUCAUUUCUUGCGUCAAGGAAACCAUAGCGCAAGAAGCGGGAUUGUCUCCUUCCAAACUUUCGCAGGCUUAUAGUCAGAUAAAUUUGACUGCCAACUAUCUUGUGACUACUUUAAACAUUGAAAACGUUUCUCCGUUGAAUAUAGCCACAACUCUUGAGGCGAGCGCUAAAGUUGCUACUGAGAACAAUUCCUCAAAUAUCGGGUUAGAAAAUCAGAUUCUGAUGUUAGUGAAAGCUCCAGUUACACAGUCUUUAAUUACAUUACAGUCUAUUGCUCGGACUUGUGAUGCAUUAUAUCCUAUGAAUGGUUUAACUAUGGGAAAGUACUUUCAACUCAAGAGUACCUCAACUGUGGAUUAUGAUAUGCGACAACAAGAAAUCUUGAAGAUAUUAUCUCGUGUCAGUGAGUUAAACUAUAAACAAGUAUUGGGAUCCAUUGACUUAUUCGUUAGCACGUUUGUUGGAACUGAUGUUUCUCUGAUACGCGAUAUAGACCAGUUGAUUAUCGAAUGUUUAUUCAACGGAAAUCUAUUCUCCUUGGUCUUGAAAUAUUAUCAAAGCAAAAACGAAGAGUUUAAGAUCUCUUCUAAUGAUAUCUUUGAUCUUGGUGUCAAAAAGUUCUGGGAUUUGGUACUGACAGCAUCAAAUAUUGACGAACGAAUUGGAAAAAUGAAGCUUGCCGCAGAAUGUCUUAAUGUAUUGACAGUAUUAUCUUCAGAAAAAGACAUAAAAGAAGAUAAAAGAUACACGACUAUGAGGCUAAAACACUUUGUCAAGGCUUUGGGCCAACUCAAGAAUUUCAAAUUGGUUCUAGACAAGAAUUUACCCAUCACGCCGCAGCAAAUUCUCAACAGGCUCAACCACCUAGAUGAUGAUGAGCCACUUUCACCCGUCUCUUUGGUUUCAUCUGUCCUAGAGCAAAAUCCAAAAUCAUAUCUUGCCUAUGAGAAGUUAUACAAGAUCGUAGUUGAUCUUGCACUCUUUCUUGAGAUUGAAGACACAGAUUCCUUUUUGCCAAAGGUUCAAUCUGCAUGCAUUGAAUCCUCUCUUAUCGAUGAUAAUUUUGCUUUCGCCUACAAGCAAUCGAAAGAGUUAUUUAAUUUUUAUGUGACCAGAGGUCAAUCAGAACAACUUGGUAGGUUUUGGCUCACCUUUUACCAGGUGGGGAAGUAUAUUCUGACAGAAUGGUUUAACGAAUAUGAUGAGAAAAUCAGCGCGGAGAAAAUUGAGAUUUUACUCAAGCAGAGAGAAAUUCUUUCGUCAACGUUAAAACUCAUGAAACCCUCAAACUUGACUGUAGACAACAGUCGCUUGAUUAUUGGCCAACUAAGGCAUGUAAAUCAAGAAAUUCACAGAUGGUAUACUGAGGAUAGCGCGCGAUACACAGAAACUACUCAACGAGCAGUAGAAUCCACACGCAACCAAAUUCAGAGCAAUAUUAAAAAUCUUGUUGGUGAUGCUUCUCUUUCGCGAGCUCAAGCUGGUGAAAAGUUGUCAAAUUUACUUGUUUCUGGUAUAGGAUGGGCUAUUGGAGCAAAUAGGCAAGAACCAUGA